AUCGAGCGAAGAAGAGAGUGAGUAUAAAAAAAGAUGAAGCUAACGUGGAACAAGAACCCUAAGAAACGAUCUCGCGUAGCUCUAUCGAAUUUCCCGGAUCUUCCUUUCGAGAAGGAUGAUGCUCCAGAGUCCCAAUCUCAUCGUCAGUUUCGUGAAGAUGAUAUUGGUCGUAGACAAAUUACCGAUCAAUUGGACUCGUCGGAUCAUCCUCGUGAGAAAUUCGAUCUCGAAGCUAAGGAUCUGGCAGAGUCCAUAAGAGCCCAAGGAGAUAAACUCGCUGAGGAAGGUAAAUACCAGGAGGCUCUGGGGAAAUGGGAAGCUGCUCUUAAUCUUGUUCCCGAAGAUGCAGUCCUGCAUGAACAGAAAGCACAAGUGUUACUUGAGCUUGGUGAUGCAUGGAAAGCUCUCAAGGCUGCAACACGAGCUACUGAGAUAGAUCCAUCGUGGGCUGAGGCAUGGACUACUCUUGGAAGAGCACAACUAAAUUUUGGUGAACCGGACAGUGCUAUCAGGAGUUUUGAAAGUGCAUUAUCGAUCAAUGGGGAUUCCAGAGAGGCGAACGACGAUCUAAAAACUGCAAAACAACUAAUAAAGAAGAGAGAACAGCUUCAGACAUCAGGACAGGACACCGAGACUAAACGUUUUGUGGUCGGUGACAAGAACAUAGAGCCAAACUAAUGAACCAGAGACUUGUACUUAGGUAUAGAGAAGAACUUCGUAGAGUACAAUAUAAUAAUAACAACAAAGCAAGAUCCUUCUUCAUCAAGGCAAGGACUUAGCAAUUUGUCUGAGAAGAAACUUUUGAAUCUUUCCAGUAGAAGUCUUUGGAAGCUCUUCCAGGAAAACCACAUUCCUUGGAACCAUAUACUUUGGCAGCUUGGUUUUACAAAACUCCCUUAUCUCUCUUUCAGUCACAGACCCGCAUGAUACUUCAAGCUGACAAAUGCACAUGGAGUUUCUCCCCACAUCUUGUCUGGCUUAGCCACCACAGCUGCUUCCUUAAUUGCGGGGUUUGUGUACAGAACUGCCUCGAGUUCCAUGCUGCUGAUGUUCUCUCCUCCGCAAAUGACCACAUCCUUUGAUCUGUCUUUGACUUCCAAGUAACCAUCUGGGUGCAUUACACCAAUGUCUCCGGUGUAGAACCAUCGGUCUUCUCUCAUACUUGCCGCGGUGCCUUCUGGGUCUUUGUAAUAACCCAGCAUGACCGAACCGCCUUUGAAGACGAUCUCUCCAACAGUUGCUCCAUCAUGCUUCACGCCCUUCCCGGAUAAUGGGUCUCUAACAUCGACUUCCGCGAAUACCGCAGUUUUAAUUCCUUGCCUUGAUUUCAGUUUUGCUCUUGCGUCUGGUUCUAGACGAUCCCACUCAGGCUUCCAUGCGCACGAGACAACCAGGCCGCCGGUUUCUGUCAUCCCGUAACCGUGACCCACGUCGAAACCGAGUGCCUUAGCCUUGGAGAUGACUGUAGCUGGUGGUGGAGCUCCAGCUGUCAUAACCUUAACUGGGCUCUGAAGCGGUUUCUGGCCUGGGUAAUUGGUCAACAUGUUGAGAACCAUUGGUGCAGCGCACAUGUGGGUCACUUGAUACUUGUCGAUCAAGUUGAAUAUAGUCGGUGCGUCAACUCUUGUGACACAGAUGUUUGUGGCCCCCACAGCUGCUGUGGCCCACGUGUAGCUCCACCCAUUGGCGUGGAACAUCGGUAGGGUCCACAGGUAUACCGGACAGUUAGGCAAAGACCAGUCUAGCAAAGAGUUAAUAGUGCUCAUGAAAACUGACCUGUGGCUAUGCACCACUCCCUUUGGAGACGACGUAGUUCCUGAGGUGUAGUUAAGCACCAUUGGAACCCACUCGCUUUUCGGACGAACCCACUUGAAACAUGGGUCUCCUCUCUCCAUCACCCCUUCGUAUGUGUCAAGAAAAUCCAUGUCAGCCGAUGUAGAUGAUGGCGUGUCAUUUCUGUCGUUGAGGAUGAUGAGGCGAGGCCUCUCAUUCUUGGGCAAGAACGAGACAGCUUCGAGGACUAAAGAUCUUGAGUGAUGGUCAACAAACAUGAGCUUGGAUUCACUGUGACGCAAAAGGACGGAAAGUGCGUGAGCGUCUAAACGCGGGUUGAUGUUGUUGAGGACUGCGCCUGACAUUGGAACCGCGAACUGAAGCUCGUAAACAGAUGGAACGUUGGGACCAAUAACAGAGACAACUUGGCCACGGUUGAUACCGAGGGAAGAGGAAGAGAGAGUUGAAGCGAUGCGGAGACAUCGAGAAUGAGUUUCAGACCAAGUAUGGACGGUGGUUGUGUGGAGGAGGGAAGGAGAGCCUCCGAAGACGGAGGCGGCUCGUUCUAAGAAGCCGAGAACAGUGAGAGGACAUGAGUUUGAAGCGUGUGGGAGUAAAAGUUCCAUUGUCGAAUGUGUUGAUUUUCUAUUUUGUAAGAUUUUCUACUUUUGAUGGGAUUGGUGAAAUGAAUAUUAUAUACAUAUAUCCCGAUAUGGUUAGGUAGAACAGAAA